CCAGCAGACGGACGGAUACAUGCAAAUAUGAUAUCUAAUAUCUCUAGCCAAAGGCCCAAUUUCUCUCGGCGUGAUACGAUAGGGUCGGCGGUAGAAACAGCAAUAAGUACCUAAAUAUUAGUGCCUACAGAUCUUACCUAGUGCAAGGCCAAAGCAAAAGGAAUAGGAAAAAGUGAAACUGUGUGAGAGUGUGUGAGAGAGAAAGAGAAGGGAGAAAAGGGGAGACAGAUAUGGCGACGACGGCGACGUCAUUCCGCCGGACGACGCUCUCGCACGCGCAGAAGACGGUCCUAGCGAUGUCGCGCGCGCAGUUCCUCGACGCCAUCCGUGCCUCGCGGCCCGCCGACAAGCUUUACGUGGGCGUCUGCAUCUUCCGCAUGGACGCGCACAGCUCCCGGCCCUCGGUCCUGCUGCUCCGCCGCUCGCGCGCCGCCUCCGCUUCCUCGUCCGAGGCCUCUUCUUCUACUACUUCUGCCGCGAAUUCGGCUACCACCGUUACCAGUGCCGCGGCGUCGCCGGUGCUGAGGCGCGAGAGCCGCAGGAAUGGGCGGCAGCAGUUUCGCGGACGUGGGGAGGGAGAACGGGUGUUAAGGGGUGGGGGUGGAGGUGCGAAUGGGAAUGGGAAUGGAGAUGGAGAUGGAUAUGGAAGUGGAGGUGGAGGUGGCGUGUGGGAACUGCCCGGCGGCAAGGUACGAGACACCGACUUCUGCAUCUCGGCGGCGGUGGCGCGGCGCGUGGCGGAGCAGACGGGUCUGCGCGUGGUGCGCGUGCUCGGCGCGCUGCAGGACGUCCGGCACGUCAGCGAGGUGCGGAUCCUGGACUGGGACGACGACGGGGUCGGCAUCUUCACCGGGGACCGGCGCCGCGGGAGCGGCGUCAGCGUCGGGAGCAGCGAUAGCAGCACCGACCUUUCCGUGUCGAUACUCGACGGCGCGACGCUGACCUCGGGCACGGGCGCAGAUUCCCCCGGCGGGAGCGGUAGCGGUAGCGGUAGCGGUAGUGGUAGUGGUGGUUACGGCAGUAUGAGGGGCAGGAAUAUGAAUAUACACCGCAGCGCCUCGAGGCGCGAGCCCGUGCAUAACCCGCAGCUGGUACUGCGUCGGGAGUGUCUGCAGCUGAACUACGCGGUGCUGGUGCAGAGCCACGAGGACUUGAGCAUCAGGUCCAGGGACCACGACGAGAUGGUCUGGGCGAGCUUUAGCCGCGCGGAGGCGCUGCCUAUGCACGAGGAGCUCAGGACGGUUGUGCACCAGGGGUUGGCGUUUGCGGGGGAGUAUUUGUUUUGAUGGUGGAUAGGGGGAUAGGGGGAAAGGAAGAAAGGAGGAAAGGGGGGUGUUUGUGGGUUGAAUGUGUAUUGUUGAGAUGUCUAUGUAGGGUGAAGAUUGAUAAUGAUUUCCUAUAUCACGGCAGGUCUGCGAUAUAUUUUCAUGUGGCGU